AUGUCGUCAUCAAUAAAAGUUCGUAUUAUUGGAAAACGUGCUCAAAUUCAAACAAAUGUUUCACAAGUUCAAACAAAUAAAUUUCAAUGUCAACGUUUAUGUUUACGUAUUGAUCAAUUAAUUGAUCCAGUUGAACGUUUAGAACAUGCAUCUUCAAUAUUUAUACGACAAGAAACACGUUCUAUUAUUGAUAAUCUUCUUCAAUGUCUUGAUGAUUGUAAUAAUUUUAUAGAAAAAUUCAAAUCUUCUACUGAAUGUUGCAAUCAAGAAAUAAAUGAAUAUGAAAAUGAUUGUGAAAAAUUUGAAGAAUUAAAUAAACGUUUAUCAGAAUUAGGACAAGAUUUAUGUCUUGGAUUAAAUAUACAAGAAUUAUUUAAUCAAAAACAAGAUCGAGAAGAUCAAAAACAAGAUUUAGAAGAAUUAAAUAAAAUUUCACAAAAAUUAUUACAACAAAAUCAAGAACAAUAUAAACAAAUUGAUAAAAUAAUAAAUCAAAGAUUUGAAUCAUUACGUUAUUAUAUAGAAGAAAAACUUUUGAAUCAAUUAGAUUUAAAUCAAGAAAAAACAUAUUUUAAUGAAAAAAAUGAAUUUUUAAACAUUCCAUUAAAAGAUUUAUUAAUAAAUGAAAAACCUAUUGGUAAUGGAGGAUUUUCUAAUGUUUAUAAAGGUAUUUGGUUAACACAUCAUGAUCAAGUUGCUAUUAAAGUUUUACAUAUAAAUAAUUUAUUAAAUAAUUCAAAAUCACAAAUUCAAAUUGAUUUUUAUCAAGAAAUAUCAACUAUGUAUAAAAUACGUUAUGAACAUAUUGUAACAAUUCUUGGUGCAUGUAUUCAACCAAAUUUUUAUGCAAUUAUUAUGGAAUAUAUGUCAUUAGGUUCAUUAUAUGAUGUUUUACAUAAAAAAACUCAAAAUAUAAUAUUAUCUUGGUUAGAUCGAUAUUCUUUAACUUGGCAAAUGGCAAAAUCAAUAAAUUAUUUACAUAAUCUUAAUCCAUCUAUAAUUCAUCGUGAUAUAAAAUCAAUGAAUUUUUUAAUGAAAUUAAAUGGAUGUGAAAAACAUAGAUUUUUAUUGAAAGUAUGUGAUUUUGGUUUAGCAGAAAUUCGUCAUGAAAGUUUAUUAAAAUCAAUAAAUAAUUCAAUAUCAUUUCAAAUAGUUGGUUCAUUAGCAUGGAAAGCACCAGAAUUAUUUUUAUCACAUGAAAAACAUACAAAACAAACGGAUAUAUAUGGUCUUGGAAUAACAAUGUGGGAAUUAGCAACUGGAUUAAAACCAUGGAAUGAAUAUUUAGAUGAAAUAAUAAUAGAAUCUCUUGUUAAAAAUGAAAAACGACCAAUUAUUCCAUUAAAUAUACCUGAAGAAUAUAAACAAGUAAUAGAAGAUGCUUGGAAUCAAGAUCCAUCUAAACGACCUACUUGUUUUGAUUUAAUGGAAAGAAUGCGUAAACAAAUGAAAAAUAUUACAAAAAUUGAUGAAUUAACAACAACUUCUGUAAAUUUGCAUCAUAACCAUCAACAAAACAAUAUGAUUGAACCUACUUUAACCACAAACACAGAUUCAACAAGAAUAUCUAUAUCAGUAGCAGAAGAAAAUCGACUAACUGAUAGAUUGUCUAACAUAAUAAUUUCUGAUCAUCGACCAAAUGAAGAUAAAUCAAUACCUAAUACAUCUUCAUCUUCAUUUAAUAAUAAGCAAAUUGAAUCUGAUAGUAUUUCUAAAGGUCAUCGAUUCGAACGAUCAUUAUCAAAAUCGGUCGAAGAUUUAUCUUCAAAAAAUAUUUCAAAAACAAACAACCUCAUUAGAGAAUCUCAUCAAUCAAAAUCAACAACCAUUAUAUAUCGAAGUAUUAUUGGCAGAACAAUUACAUCAGCAAAUGAUGAAGAUAAAGAUGAAGAUAAUCAUACACAAAUAAGACGACAAAGCAGUAUUAUCACACAAGAUACUGACAGUAUGCCACUUGUCUACAGAUUUUAA